UCUCGACGGCACAAAACUUGUUAUGGUUGACAAUAUCGGGGUGCAGUCCUUCUUGGAAAGCAUGCUGGAUGCUGUGAGUGGCGACACGUUUUUCAUUGGCCUUGACGAUAUUGACGUGUCAGAAGAAUACAGGUGGAAGGUGACGGGCCAGGUGACGGGUUGGACCAACUGGCUGCCUGGAACGUCCAACUCGUCCAGUGGUCUCAACUGUGUAUCCAUGUCAAAGGCCAACAACUGGAAGUGGGUUUUAGACACGUGCAGCGGCAAGCGCUAUUAUAUUUGUGAUUGCUCGGACCCGAACGUGAUUGGCGAGGUACUACUGAAUACAUCUGCAGUCCAAGAAUCAACGCCUCCUAGCCUGGAAACAACGGCUGCUUCUCCAGUCCCACAAGAAACAAUUUCAAGUUCAGAAACAACAACAACAAACUCAGAAACAACAUCUCCAAGCUCACAAACGACAACUUUAAAUUCAGAAACAACAACUCCAAGCUCAGAAACAAUAACUUCAAGCUCAGAAACAACAGCAGAACAAGCUACUUCAAGUUCAGAAACAACAGCAGAACAUGAUACUUCAAGCUCAGAAACAACAGCAGAACAAGCUACUUCAAGCUCAGAAACAACAGCAGAACAAACAAUUUCAAGCUCAGAAACAACAACUACGUCUUCAAGCCCACAACAAACGAUUUCAGGCUCACUAAUAACUACUUCAUCGACUGUUUUAACAACGUCUGGUUUGUCAACGACACCAAGCGAACAAACGAUGACUUCGUCACCAAUUUGUUCCAACUGCACAUGUCUUCAAAAGAUUCAGUUUGCAGAAAACGAAACGAGCGAGCAGAGACUGGAGUAUUUGAGGAACCUGACUGUGUUCUAUCUGCAACAGAGGCGAACACGCGGCAAAGUGAGCGUGCCAGACCACCGGACGAGUAGCGUCACUCUCGGCACCGCGUCCAUCGUCGUCAUAACGACGAUUUUAGUCACUGUAGUUUUAUCAGACGUGCCGCGCAUCAUCGUUAUGUUGAAACCAAAAUAAUUAACAUAUACCGGCCUUGGUGGCGUCGUGGUUAAGCCAUCGGACAUAAGGCUGGUAAGUACAGGGUCCACAGCCCGG